UAAAAAACAGCCAGCUUUAGUUUUAGAAAGAUAGUCUGGUGUUAACAUGCCAAUAAGUUUAAAUAAUAUAUACAAUAUGGCUAUAGGGAUGGCUGACUGCUUAUUUUGUGAAAUAGUAUUUUUUUAUAUUUUUUUUUAUCUUAUCCAGUCUGACAUUAAUCUGAAGUAGUGGUGUGUCAGAAAUGAAUGUGUUAACUGUUGUAUGGCUAAUGUCUGUAAUGUCUUUUUUCAAUUUCCAGGAGUGUGUGCAGCAGCUUGACCUGAGACAUUUGGUUUCUAUCUCAAUGGAUGGACCAAAUGUCAAUUGGAAGUUUUUCUCAAUGCUCCAACAGGAGCAUGCAGAUACAUUUGGAGGUGCCCAGCUGAUUGUGGUGGGGAGCUGUGGGCUUCACACACUCCACAAUGCCUUUAAAAGUGGCUUCAGUGUCUGGCAGAUGGAGAAAGUGCUCAGGGCAUUGCAUACACUCUUGCACAAUACCCCUGCUAGAAGAGAAGAUUUCUGCUCUUUGACCAAGUCAUCUGUGUUUCCCCUACCAUUCUGUGGGCAUCGCUGGAUCGAAAACCUACCCGUUGUCGACAGGGCUAUCACCAUAUGGCCAAUGAUGGUGAAGUAUGUGGAUGCAGUGACACAGAAAAAGCUUCCAAACCCUAGAACAUCCUCCUAUGACACUCUUGCAGAGGCACGGAAUGACCCUCUCAUAAUGGCCAAGCUGCACUUCUUUAUGGCUGUCUCUAGGACCUUCACCACAUUUCUGACUAAGUAUCAGACAGAUGAGCCGGUGAUUCCAUUCAUCGGUAAAGAUCUGGCUGUUCUCAUGAAGAGCCUACUGAAGAGGUUCAUCAAGGCAGAGAUCCUUAAUGACAUCACAGCACUGCAAAUGGUCAAACUGGACACAACUGCCAAGGAAGCAAGGGCUGGCCUAAAGGCUGUGGACAUUGGAUUAGGAGCAGAAGUAGUCCUAAAGGAACUCCAGAGUAGCCCCAAGAGCAGCGUAGGUGAGCUCAGUGUGUUGGCCUUUAGAAAGGACUGCAUGGACUGUUUGACCAAUAUUGUCAAGAAAAUGCAAGACAAGAGCCCACUGAAGUACACCAUUGUGAGGCAGAUGGCAUGUUUGGACCCAACGAGCAUGUUCUCAGACCCCGACUUGUGCUAUGAAAGAAUGAAAGGAGUUGUUCAGAGGUUUCUGCAUGAUAACCAGCUGUCAGGAGGCGCCUCUGCUGGUGAUGUGAUUGUCCAACAAUUUGGAAAUUUCUUGUCUCUGGAGGCAAAACAUGAGUCAUUCUCCUCUUUCCAACCCAUGCGUACAAGACUGGACGUUUUCCUGCAUGGACUCCUCCAUCAAUCCUACCCUGAACUCUGGGCAUUCUGCAGGAAACUUCUGCUUCUCUCCCAUGGCCAAGCAACGGUUGAGAGGGGCUUUUCUGUAAACAAGGAGGUAGAGGCCAUAACAUGA